AUGGCAAUUAUUGAGUCUGUAACUAUGCAUAAAUGUCUCAAUUUCUUGAUACAUGAAUUGCAGUCCAAGCUCUGGACAUUGUUGCACAAGAGGAGGUUCCUAAUUGUGUUAGAUGAAGUUUGGAAUGAAGAUCAGGAUGAGGGGGACAAAUUAGAACCUUUAUUCAGGGGUGGCAUGGGUGGAAGUAAAGUCAUAAUCACUAUACGCAGUAAGAAAGUUGCAUUUUUUAUGAGCUCUCCAUCUUGUCCAUAUUAUUUGGAGGGCUUGGCUGAAGAAGAUUGUUGGAAGUUAUUCGAGCAUCGAGCGUUUCAACAGGGAGAAGAGCAUUAUCAGAAUCUCUUACCAAUAGGAAAGGAGAUUAUCAAGAAAUGUGGAGGCCUGCCGUUGGCUGCGAAAACUUUGGGAAGUUUGAUGCGUUUCAAGAGAGGGGAAAAGGAGUGGCUAUUUGUGCAGAACAAUGAGCUUUGGAAUCUGGGUGUGUGUGGCACUGGAGUUUUACCAGCUCUAAGGCUGAGUUAUCUUCAUUUACCAUCUCACCUCAAACAUUGCUUCACCUUUUGCUCGACUUUUCCAAAAAGAUAUGAAAUCCAGAAGGAAAAAGUAAUCCGAAUGUGGAUGGCAGCAGGCUUAAUACAAUCAGAUGGUGCAAGCAAACCGCCAGAGGAUACAGGAGAAGCCGGCAAGAAUGACAUAAGAAGAUACAGAAUGCAUGAUAUUGUUCAUGAUCUAGCACAAUCACAGGAAAAGAAUUCCCAUAUCACUGUACGAAGCCAAGCACUGGCUUACCCUCAUAUUGUUUCCACGAGGGUCUUAGGCUAUGGUACUACUGAGAAACUACCAUUUUUGCAAACAUUGAAUCUAUGUGGUUGCUAUAAUCUUCAGGAAUUGCCUUUUAUUGCAAACAUGAUAAGCCUAAGGCAUCUCAAUAUAACUGGAUGUGAAGCACUAACUUCCAUGUCGCAUUUCUUUAAUGGUACAUACAAACGUUGCGGACGUUUCUCAAGCAGGAGAGCGAAUCAUGAAGAGUUCAUAUACUCCAACUUUAUACCUAAACCAUCUAACCAGCUCCAAACAUUGUCAACAGUUAUGGUUGGUGGUUUCCUGGACCUUACGUUUCUGGGGCAGCUAAGAACUUCAGGUUUUGCUGCUUUAAUCUUGGGGAACUGUGAGCUACCAUACCCAAAUCAUGGACAUGUCAUUCUGGCAGAGCCUUCAUGGAUCUUGUUCUAUCGAAUUAGUAGCUCCGAGAUUUGUUGUUUGGUUGACGUACCAGCAGGCCAAAAACUACCAUCCAUUUCAAAUGGUGAAAUGGUUAACUAUUUGAAAUCUGUGGUGGCUCCCCAGGCAUUCAAAGUUGGUUUGGCAUACUAG